AUGAAGAUAAUUCAUAUUAUCUCAAUCUUUGUCUUCAGUGUGUCUUGUGGUCCAUCAGUUCCACAGAAAAAAACAAGAGAAGCUGCAGAGAGAAAACGAGAAUGUUACCUUGUUCGCGGUGCUUGCAAGUCUGAAUGCAACACCUGGGAAUACAUCUUUAAUUACUGUGACACUGAGCCCUGCUGUGUGGUACGGGAAUAUCAAAAGCCCAUCACUAGAGCCAUGCUUUCUACAACUCAUACAAAUGUAAAUUAUACUGCUGAUACACUAAAAAACAGCAUGCUGUAA